AUGACCGCCACAAACAGCAACCAUGACAGCCUCAUCAUGCCACACGUCCUGCCCGCCGACGAUGACAUGUUCCUCGAUCCUGCCUUCAUGAGCACCACCGACCUGACCCACGACUUUGACGGCCUCUUCUUCGCUGCCGCGGACCCUAGCCUUGGCCAGCUCGACCCCGCCGUCCCGGGCGCUAUUGACGACGGCUUCCUACCCGACGCCGCCGACUGGAACCUCCCCGUCGGCGCUCACGAGACGGCCUUUGCAGCGGCGGCCACGGCCACGGCCACGGCAGCAACACCCUCCCCCUCCCCCUCCCCCCAGUUCUUCGUCAAGAACGGCGCGUACCGCCCGCCGGAGCCCUGCGUGCAGUGCCGCCGCCAGCGCCUGCAGUGCCUCAUCCUGCAGACCACCGACGCCAACCCCAACCCCAUCACCUCGUGCUCCAGCUGCGUCGCGCUCUUCCGCGACUGCAGCCUCGCCGAGCGAGGCAAGCGCCAGGCCUCGAGUUUCGAGACGUCGCGGCCCGUCAUCGGCCACCUGCACGGCGUGAGCGAGGAGGAGGGCGGCUACAACCACCACUACACCACGGGCAUCACGGCUGCUGCUCUUGCCAGCCUGGACGAAAAGGAGGAGGCGCAGCAGCAGCGGCAGCAGCAGCAGUCGUCACGCCCCCUGGAAGUCGUCACGUCCAAGCGCGCCGGCACCCGCGCCGCCAAGAAGACGCGGCCUCUGUCCAACUGGUUCGCCCGCAAUCUCGGCCACCCGUACCCGUCCGACGACCAGAAGGCGGACCUGGCCAGCCAGUGCGGCCUCAGCCGCACGCAAGUCAUCAACUGGUUCGCCAACGCCCGGCGGCGGCACCGGCUCUCCGCGCAGUCCCUCUUCAGCAACGGCAGCGGCAGCGGCAGCGGCAGGUCACUCCUCCGGCAGGGCUCCCCGAUGCCGCGGUCCGCCCUGGACAGCAUGUCGCCGAUGGAGCGCUGGCGCAACUCGCCGCCCAACGACGAGCCGGCGUCCGCGUCCGCCAUUGAGCGUGCGCUGAACCGCUCGCCGCCGCUGGGCGCGGGGUCCUCGGAGUACUUUGGCAGCUACGGUAGCGCGCGCGACGCGGGCUCCGCGUGCUCCUCCGGCAGCGGCGACUCAGGCGGCACCACCCACUGUCGCCAUCGGCGACGCGGCCGUCGGCGGUCGUCGUUUUACCGCGCGUCGUCGACGAGCUUCGGCGGCUCGGCGCACUCGCAGCAGUCCGCAGGCGACCUCAUGUUCGUCCCGUACUCGGCCAACAACUCCGUCGACGGGGACUCCAACUCCAUCGGCAAGCGGAGCCCGACAACCGCCGCGCCGCGCCCCGGCAGCAAAGGCACGACGACGACGACCUUUCAGUGCACGUUUUGCCUGCAGACGUUCCGAAAGCGCUACGACUGGGUCAGGCACGAGCGGUCCAUCCACCUGCCCGGGCUGGACUCGUGGGUGUGCCGGGUACCGCUUCCACCGGACCAGUCCUUCCUAGUGUGGCGCGUCAGCCACGAGCAUCCCGAGUGCAUCUUCUGCGGGGAGCCAUCACCAACACACGACCAUAUCCAGUCGCACGAGUUCCAGACGUGCGCGGAGCGGACGGCCGCGGAGCGCACCUUCACGCGCAAGGACCACCUGUGGCAGCACCUGCACAAGUUCCACCACUGCCGCAAGUGGGAGGGGUGGCGGCCGGACCUGGCGCUGCUGCAGCACAAGCAGGACCGGCUGCAGAGCCGCUGCGGCUUCUGCAGCGUGACGAUGAACAGCUGGGAGGAGAGGGCGCAGCACCUGGCGUCGCACUUUCGCAGGGGCGCGACGAUGGCGGAGUGGUCGGGCGGGCCGGGGAUUCGGUUGCCGUCGGAGGAGGAAAAGAUAGGCGGCAAGGUCAAGGGUUGA